GUUUGUCAUUAUGUGCCCUGCGAUUGGCUGGCAACCAGUUCAGGGUGUAACCCAAAUCCUGGCCGAAAAGAGCUGGGAUUUUCUCCAGCGCUCCUACGACCCUCCUGAGGAUAAGCGCCUCAGAAAACGGAUCGAUGUGCACGUUCCGUCAAUGUAAAACUUGUCAGGUCCCGCCUCCGCCGUGUGCUCCCUCCAAGUUCCCCGCCUCGCGUGCUCUAUUUGCGGACACGUAGUUGUUUUCAUCCGCGGACGAGAGGACGUCCGCAGCCGUUGUCAUGUCCAAGUCCUCCCGCCGGUACAUGCCUGCGCGGCAGGGCAACGACUGUGUGCGGCAAUUGCGGUCCAUCGUCCGGCCGCCGCUCCUGCUCUGCCUCGUCGGUGUGCUGAUGGUCGCGCUGGUCCUCGCCUUCUAUCUGUCCAAUGUCGCUGAUGUGAACCACCGCAUGCCGACUGGAGACCUGACCAAGGAUAAGUGGUCCCACAAACCCACCAAGUACUCUGCGGCUCAAAUCCACCGCCUGGCCUCCCAAGUGGAUGUGAAUCGCCUGUGGGAGACUCACCUGAGGCCCAUCCUGAUUGAGAGGCUGCCCGGGACACAAGGGAGCCUGGCUGUACGGGAGCAUAUUACCUCAGCUAUAUCCUCUCUGUCUGCCGGGUGGGACAUUGACCUGGACACCUUCAAGGCUGCCACCCCGAGAGGGCAGGUCACAUUCACAAACAUCAUUGCUACUCUGGACCCCUCAGCCCCUCGCAGGCUCCUGCUGACGUGCCAUUACGACUCCAAGGCGCUGCCUCCAGACAGCCGCGGAAGGGUUUUUCUCGGGGCCAGUGACUCGGCCGUGCCCUGCGCUAUGAUCCUGGAGUUGGCCACCGCUCUGGAUAAUCAGAUGAAGUCCUACAAACGAGAAAAGGUUGCUGUGACUCCGCAGCUUGUUUUUUUCGACGGCGAAGAGUCGUUUGAAAAAUGGACAGCCACUGAUUCACUGUACGGCUCACGUCACCUGGCUAAACGCAUGGCUGCUAUGCCCCACCCUGCGGACUCCUCCCAUAGCACCCUGCUACAAGCUGUGGACCUCUUUGUGCUGCUCGACCUUCUGGGUGCUCCCGAUCCACUAAUAGUGAACCACUUCGACAACACGGCACGCUGGUUUGACCGACUGAUCGCUACAGAGAAGCGGCUCCAUCGUCAGGGUCUGCUGACGUCGCACCCCUCAGAGCAGACCUACUUCAGGAAGGACUUGAGCUUUGGAACGGUUGAGGAUGAUCACAUCCCCUUCCUUCGGAGAGGCGUGCCUGUGCUCCAUGUCAUCGCGACGCCCUUCCCGAAUGUCUGGCACACGUUGGACGACUCUGAGGAGAACCUGCACCGGCCCACCGUGGACAAUCUGACCAAGAUCCUGGCCGUGUUCCUGGCCGAAUACCUCGGAUUCUGAAGUUCUUUUUGGUGAUGUUCUUCAAAGGACCUCAAAAGGCAAUGCAUUUGCACCUCAGUGGAAAGAUGUCGCUUGAAAGAAGUACAGUAAUCCUUUCACAAACCAGCAAGGACUGGAUUGAGAAAAGUGGACAACAGCUGAACGUUACCAAAGGUCGACACACUGCAGUGUCCAAGGUCAAGUAACACUUCUGGUAUCAAAAAAUUAUUCUAGCUGAAUAACGAUUGUAAAUUGCUUUCGCCUCUCCACUUCAUCCUAUGAAAAUGAGGUGCACUCAUGA